AUGGAUGCUUCGAUGGCACCCACAGCGCUGUCAAUGCCAGAGCCAGGUUUCGCUGCUGGCUCGAUUCCCAGUGGCAUGAAAACCUCAGUGGCCUCUGUUGGGCCAGUCGUUUCAAAGUCAGUGCAGGAUGCCACCUUUUCAAGAGCGUUGCUGACUAACUGUCGGGUUACUGAAAUCUUGUUGCCUUGGGAGUCUGGAUUUUACAAGGAAUUUUUCAGUGAUGAACCUUUUGAGCAGUUGGUCCCAAAGAUGCCUGUGAGCGAUUUUUGCGAUUUUGGUGUUGCGCCCGAACCUCAGCAUGUCGCUCAGACUCUGGCAGGUGUUGCAUCUGAUUCAAAUCCAAACCCCAUCUUUUCGAGAUUUGUGGAGUGUAAAGAUGAUGGAUCUUAUGCCGCAAAGCAAGCCAGUUUGCGAAAUGUUGCCCUGAACAAGUUCCUUGUAGUUUUGAAGCACGACCUGAGUGGAAGUGUUACUGGCAGACAUAUCCUUGAGCUGGGAUCUGAAGACCAGCAAGCGUUGGGAGCCCAUGCAGUGAUUGAGGCUGUCCUAGGAAUCAGAUCGCCGGCAACUCUUGUGAAGCGUGCCAACUCAUUGCUUUCUUAUUUACGUUGGUUUUCAAAGCUUGGCAGUGGAUUUGGGAACCCCUUCACUGAAGCAUUCAUCUGGGAUUACUUGCAACACUUGAAGGAUGUUGGAGCUCCCGCCACAAAAGGAGAUUCAGCGAUGUCUGCCUUCCGGUUUGCCUUCCACAUUUUGGGCAUUGAAUCUUUGGGCCAGGCGCUUAACAGUCGCCGCCUUAUUGGUACCUGUGAAAUCAUGCUUGCGGGAAAGCGACUGUUGAAGCAAGCAAUGGUCCUCACUGUAGCACAGGUUAAGGGUCUCCAUGCAGCGUUGAUCAACAAAGGCUUACAUGAGAUGGACAGGGCCAUAGUGGCAUACAUCUUGUUUGCACUCUAUGGCAGGUGCCGCAACAGCGAUCUUUUGAUGAUCCACAGCAUUGAGAAGGAUUACAAUGACUCAGGUGGGUUCGUCAUCAUACAAACGAGUCACCACAAAACUGGAAGGUUGGCUGCCCUCAAAACUAGGCUCAUGCCAAUUGUCGUGCCUGCAAGAGGGAUUGAUGGAAGCAUUUGGGUCGAGGAAGCUCUCAAGGUGCUGGAAAUGGUUGGUGCAUGCAUGGAAAUGCCAAUUGAUGGACCUUUGCUCAAGGCACCAACUGGUGAGAGCAAAUCCUUCAUGAUGCGUGGACUUAGGACUACCGAGGUGUCAAGCAUGCUCAGGCGUUUUGUGGGGGCUCCAGAUCCCGUGCCUGGCUGCCAAGAGCCAGUCGUAUCGAGCCAUAGCCUCAAAGCGACUACAUUGUCAUGGUGUGCGAGGUUUAGUAUUUCACCAGCCACGCGUUCGAUGCUUGGACGUCACACUUCAUGCCUGAAUGAGACUUUUGCAAUCUACUCGAGAGAUUUGGUUUGCGCGCCUGUGGCCGAACUACAAGUUGUCAUUGAUUCAAUCCAUGAGGGAAACUUCACGCCUGACAGUCAAAGAUCGGAGUUCUUCAAGCGUGCCACAGACGAUGUUGCAACCCCGGUCGAGCCUGGUUUUUCGGAUAAGAAUGCUUGCAAUGCAGUUGAUGGUAGCACUGGUGAGGUUGAUAGUGCCUACAGUGAACUUCAUGAGUGUGCAGGUGGAGAUGCAGGCCCAACUGGCUUGCCUCAUGCUGACAGCCAUGCUGGAGACCAUGCAGAGGUGGCCGAAGAUGGCACUGAAAAGGCGAGUGCCUCAGUGAAGGUGCCCGAUGCGUUGCAAUUGGACCCAAGCGCCACAGUAGGCGGAGUCGCUGCACUGAAGAGGCUCUUGUUUGAAAGUCAGACGCAGCUUUUAGCCCUUUUGAAAGAGCAAGUGACAAAUCCAGACCCUGCAGCAGCACGCCGUGUGCCCCAAGCAGAGCGCGAAGCAAGGAUGGAAAACCUUCGAAAUCGCCUCACAGGUGUGCUCAUUGAAGGGCAUUCAGUGGAAUCUUCCAAGAUCAUAAUCCGAGACCGUGAGCAUGACCAUGAGACUCCAGUGCAGAGCUCAUACCAAGCAUUGGAAGCACUGAGAAGGCUCGAUUUGAGCAAAGAAUUCCCCGUGAAAUCCGCGAUGCUGGAGGAACUGCAAGUACGCCAACAGGGGGUCACAUCAUGUUUGCAGCACCUCGGCCUCAAAGCUUCCUUUGGAGUAGACCAUAAGCGCCAAAAAAACGCUGGCCGCCUCCUUGUCGCCGAUUUGACCUCAAAAGAAGGUGAAAAACUCAAAGAAGCAUGGAACGGCAUUCCCGCUGGUGCCUGCCUGCUCAAAAAACCUCCGUUGCGGCUAAAUGGGGGGAAGACCUUGCAGCCCGGUAUGAAGAGAUUGUCUUUUGGUGUUUUCAGGUCCUGCGAUCAGUUCGUCGAAGCUGCAGUAGUUGCUGGGCGCCCUGUAAAAAAGGACUCUCGCUUGCCAAGUGUUUUGCAAGAAGCUGUGGACUUUGUAACAAAUCAUUCUGUGAGAGACACGGCAGUGUAUAGGCUGGACACCUUGAGAUUUUGGUUAGACCGUGCAAAGGCCCUAACUAGUGAAGAGUCAUCCUUGCAUGAAAGCCUUCCAACGGCCGUGAGGGAAAUCCUUGAACCGAAACGCCUCCUGCUUUGGAAAGAGAUGAUGGAGUUUUACGGUUAUCCUGAUAGCAGUGUCUAUGAUGAGGUGACCGAGGGAAUCCAACUUGCUGGUACAGCACCUCACGUUCCCUUCUUCGACCAAUGCUUCAAACCAGCAAAGAUAACGGAGGAGGAACUAGCGUCCUCAGCUAGAGCUGCAAGGGUUGGAUUGUUGGCCUCCAUCCGAUCCUCAGGCGAUGCAGACAUUGAUAGCGAAGUCUAUGCAAAGACAUUGGAGGAACUUGAGUGCGGUUGGUUGGAUGGCCCCUAUGAGCCCAGUGAACUUCCUGAGACAGCAGUGGUGAGCAGGAGGUUCGGUAUCAAACAGACCUCCGGUGAAAAAGUGAAGGUGCGCCUCAUUGACGAUUUCAGCGCCUCAGGUGUUAAUGCAACAGUGCAGGUGGAUAGCUCAGCAAAGCUACAUACCUUGGAUGUGGCGGCUGCCUUGUGCAUGGAGUUGCUUAAAAGAUCGCCUUCCCAGCAAUGGUUGGGAAAGACGGUUGACCUGUCUGCGGCCUAUAGGCAACUGGGCGUUGCCCCAUCAUCCAAAUGGGUUUCUUACAUUGCCGUCUUCGACCCUGCGAGCGGCUUGCCAAAAAUCUUUUCAAUGAGGGCCCUGCCAUUCGGUGCCUCCAGGUCUGUUUAUGCCUUUUUGCGUGCGGCUCACUCCUUGUGGUGGCUAGGAUGUAAAAUGUUGAAGCUGACUUGGUCGAACUUCUUCGACGACUUUAUAACCCUUGCCAGGGAGCUUGAGAGUGAUUCCGUUUCCUUGGUGGUGAAACAAUUUUUCCGAUUGCUCGGUUGGGCGGUUUCAGAAGGCGAAAAAGACUUGCCCUUCUCAGCUGUUUUCAAAGCACUUGGAGUUGAAAUCGACCUCACCAUGUGGAAGGAUGGGCGAGCCCGGUUUGCCAAUACUGAAAAACGGGUGCAAGAGCUGGUGGCCACCAUAGACAAGACCUUGGCGGCUGGACAACUCUCGGUUGCUGAAGCCUUGUCACUGAGGGGACGGAUGCAGUUCGCCCAUUCGCAGUUGUGGGGCCGGUCAUCUAAACUUUGCCUGAAUGCUGUAACUUCCCAUGCUUAUGCUGCAAAGGGUUCGGACAUAGAUGAGUGCCUGUCCCAUUUCCUUAGGGUUUUCAAAGACAGCCUGAUGACUUCCCGUCCCAGAGAAGUCACGGCCACCUGGGACAUGCCAAUGUUCGUAUUCACUGACGCUUCCUUUAGCCCGGAAAGCAAAGCUUGGAAAUGUGGCAUAGGAGGGGUCCUGGUAGACCCCUGGGGAAAACAGAUUGCAGCUUUGUCCCUGGAGUUGAGUGAUUCAGCCAUUGCUUCCUUGGGGUUUCCAGGCAAGUCCACCGUCAUCUUUGAAGCAGAGCUUUUGGCACUCCUUGUGUGUUUUACGGUUUGGAAAAAGCAGUUAAAGGAUAGGUCAUCACCUGGGUCAGGAUUAGUUGCUGAGCUUCUUCGCUUGGAAGACUCAUCCGGAGUCAACGCUUGGUAUGCUAGAGUCCCCUCAACUAGCAACAUUGCUGAUGGGCCUUCCCGUCUGCUGUCAUACCUUUUCCCACCCAAAGCCGUUUCUCAGUUCGAUACCGCACCUGUCCAUACUCCGAUGUCACCGGACGAGAUCGUGCGGUUCACCGCGGCCAUAUCCAUUUGUUUGGCCUUUUUAGAGCCGGCUCACCCUAGUGAGACGAUGGCCCAGAACAUGCAGGAAGAGCGCAUCACGAACUUCGACAAGAUGAUUACCGCGUGCCGCAACAUCUUGCAGGUGUGUGGGCAUCCAAAGUAUCUCUCCUCCAUAUGUGAGUUGUGGCACCAAGCAAGUCAGUCACUGUACUUGCUUGAGCGCAUGAUGUGGCCAGAGCAGCCACCCGAAACUGCUCUCCAUUUGAUUCUGCCUGCGGCCAAUCGGCCCUUGACCGACUUGAUGCUGGACUCCUUUGAUGAGCACCACACCAGCAUCUUCCAGGCCAUUCCUGCGCUCGAGGCUUUUCACACCUGGUUUACCCAGGCAUAUGAUACAUCAUUACACAAUGAAUUCAAUGUUGUCCUCCUUGAUGCCAUGCUCCUCCUACGCAGCGUGGAAACGCUCAUCCGGAUGAAGUUGCGCUUCCGGACGGCCCGUCCCCAUGGACCAUUGGCCGAUCCGAUUGAUCUUGAUGAAGAUCCCGCACCGGAAGUUGUUACGGCGGAACAGCAGCCUGCAGCCUCGAGCUCCACUGGCAGCACUCUGGAAUGGAUGUAA